CAAUCAUUCCAAAUCCCUACUUUAUGCUUCCCUAGACCCAUAAGUACCACUCCACGCAUGUAAGCAACUUCAAAAACCCUUCUCCAUCUUCCUCAAGCUGCCCUCAUCAACCAUGCCAAUCACAGGGUUUCCACACCAAGAAAGGAUCUACAAGAAGCCAUCCCACAAAAAGAAUGAUUCAGGUGAGCUUGAUGUGUUUGAAGCUGCAUGGUAUUUUGCUGGCACCAAUGAAGGCAUUGGUGAGUUGCAUGGUUCAAAUUUCUCUCAUAAGGCUAUGAGAGAAGAAAGGAAGGUAUGGGGAGGAAGAAGGAUGAGUUUAGACAUGCCCAUAAGAAACCCACUUCCUUCCCAAGCCCAUCAGGUGGAAAAGCAAUUCAAAGAGAAGAAAUAUAAGCAACCCAGCUCUCCUGGCGGAAGACUUGCUAAGCUUUUGAAUUCUAUCUUCAGUCAUGCAGCUUCUAAAAAGAAGAAGUCAAAAUCCACUACUCAAUCCGUGAAAGAUGAAGAGAGCCCAGGAGGAAGAAGAAAAAGGAGGAGCAGCGUUAGUCAUUUUCGAAGUGCCAGCACUCCAGACUGCAAAUCUUUGUAUUUAUCUUCAAGCUCUGGUUUCAGAACACCUCCUCCUUAUGCAGACACUCCCACAAAGUCCUACAAGGAUUUUUUAAGCUAUUCUGAUCACAAGCAAGUGGUGCCUUUGUCAAAGCACAUUAAUGGGCAGGUAAGAUCACCUAUGGGCUUAAAACAUGAGUUAUUAGAUGAGAAGAGAAACAUGGAUUUCGCUUGGUUGGAUGAAAAAUUCAAAAUCUAUAAUGAAUUUUCAGAGAAAAGCAAGAAUUAUGGAUAUAGUUCUUUAGAGAAAGAUAGGAUAUCAGAGACGAAGAACUUGGGGAAAUUUGAUGAAGUAGAUGAUGGAGGAGAGAGUGACUCGAGCUCUGAUCUAUUUGAGCUUCAGAACUGUGACUUGGGUUUCUACUCCAGUGGUUUACCAGUUUAUGAAACCACACACAUGGAGAGCAUCAAAAAGGGAGCACCAAUUGCUAACGGUACCCGAUAAGAGCACUUUACCUUUUCUGAACAGUUUAUAUUUCUUCUUUUGGUUAUUUCAAUUUCUGUAGAAUGUUGGAAUGUUUUCUUAUCUUCUUCUCUCCGGCUCAAAUCUC